AUGAACGCCUCCAACAGCCACGUGGUCAUCGGCAUCGCGCUGCUGUGCGUAGUCCUCCUCAUCUCGCCAGUCAUCAUUCUGCUGGUCCGAAUGAUGACCCGGACGCUGCAGGCUUUUUCAGACACGCUGAUCCACAAGACCCACGAGCUGGCCUACGAGAAGAAGCGCUCGGACAUGCUGCUGUACCAGAUGCUGCCGCCCUCCGUGGCCCAGCAGCUGAAGCAGCACCGGCAGGUGUCGGCCGAGACGUACGAGUCUGUUACGGUUUACUUCUCCGACAUCGUGGGCUUCACCGAGCUCUCGUCCGAAAGCACGCCCAUGCAGGUUAUCUCCCUCCUCAACGCCCUGUACAAAAUGUUCGACUCUAGAAUCGAGUUGUAUGACGUGUACAAAAUCGAGACCAUCGGAGAAGUGUACAUGGUGGCCAGCGGCGUUCCGCAGCGAAUAGGCAAGGACCACGCGGCCGAGAUCGCCUCCAUGGCCCUGGACCUCCUGCACGGCACAGAGAACUUCCUGAUCCCGCACAUGCCCGGCGAAAGGAUCCAGAUCCGCAUGGGCGUGCACUCGGGGCCGGUGGUCGCGGGCGUGGUCGGGACCAAGAUGCCGCGCUACUGCCUCUUCGGCGACUCCGUCAACACGGCCUCGCGGAUGGAGUCGACCGGCCUGCCAUUCAAGGUGCACAUCUCGUCCGACACGAAGAACGCCCUCGACCGCGUCGGCGGAUUCAUCGUCAAGCUGCGCGGGGAACUCGAGAUCAAGGGCAAGGGCUUCAUGGAGACGUACUGGCUGAUCGGCAAGCACGGCACGGUGGGCGACCGGCAGCCCAAGCAGGAGAAGGUCGAGGAGAUGGACGUGAUGGCCGAGAACCCGCACAGCGAGAAGGUCCGCCUGGCCCAGCAGACUGCCUUCAGCCCAAGCGGCUUCGUGGACUUCUUCUCGAAAUUAAAUGUGUCGCUGAUAGAUUAUAAGUGCUUGCAGGAAUUCAGAGAGGUGACGAAGGCGAUCAGUGACAUGGAUUGA